AUGCACGCCGCGCCACUAAAUCCCGUCUGGCGCUCAGUUUUGCGCCAGUGUCACAAAUCCGUGUCUCUGUGUAACAAUGCAUUGGUGUCCAAACAGAUGCUUCAAAGGGCUAAUGCCAAUGCAAGAUCGUUCGCCACAUACAGACCAUUGUUGAAUGAAUCUUCUUCUUCGUCGUCAGCUUCGUUGACUACCAAGGCAAAACCUCUUUACAAACGUAUCAUUAGCAAGACUUUGUGGACCACUGCCAUUGUGGCAGCCCUUGGUGUGUCCUUCAUAUCAUAUUCCAUCUAUAGAGAAGCCAACCCAAAGAAACAAAUCCCUCAGUCCAGCACUUUCCCCAAUGGAUCCAAGAGAAAGACUUUGAUCAUUCUUGGUUCUGGUUGGGGGUCCAUCACUCUUUUGAAGAGUUUGGACACCACUCUGUACAAUGUUAUUGUGGUUUCGCCAAGAAACCAUUUCCUGUUCACUCCAUUGUUGCCCUCUACCCCUGUGGGUACUGUUGAGAUGAAGUCUAUCAUCGAACCGGUCAGAUCUGUUGCUAGAAGAUGUCCCGGGGAAGUCCACUAUUACGAGGCCGAAGCCUCUGAUAUUGAUCCAGUCAAUAAAAAAAUUACCGUCUUGCCCGUGUCGUCGCCUAACUCUACUGCGAUCGAGUUAGAUUACGAUUAUUUGGUGGUUGGUGUUGGUGCUCAAUCCAAUACUUUUGGUAUCCCUGGUGUUUAUGAAAAUGCUUCCUUCUUGAAAGAAAUCUCCGAUGCUCAAGAGAUUAGACAAAAGAUUAUGGCUUCCAUCGAAAACGCAAUCUCCUUGCCACAGGGGUCUGAGGAAAGAAAACGUCUCUUGUCAUAUGUUGUUGUUGGUGGUGGUCCCACCGGUGUAGAAUUUGCUGCAGAGUUGAAAGAUUAUAUCGACGAGGAUUUGAAUAAAUGGGUUCCGGGCAUUUCCAAGGAAAUCACUGUUACAUUAGUAGAAGCCCUACCAAAUAUCUUGAAUAUGUUUGACAAGUCUUUAGUCCAGUAUGCUGAAGAGUUGUUCCGUAAGGAGAAAGUAGAAUUACAAUUGAAAUCCAUGGUCCAAAAAGUAGACUCGACAAAAGUCACCAUGAAAUGUGACAACAACGAAAUCAAAGAAUUGCCCUACGGGUUACUGGUCUGGGCCACAGGGAAUGGUCAAAGACAAGUCACCAAGGAUUUGAUGGCCAAAGUUGACAAGCAAGAUUCAAGACGUGGUCUCUUGAUCAAUGAGAAAUUGCAAUUGUUGGGCCACGAAGAUUCCAUCUUUGCCAUUGGUGAUUGUACUUUUCAUCCAGGUCUUGUCCCUACUGCAGAAGUCGCCCAUCAAGAAGGUGAAUACCUGGCUGAUCAAUUCAAACAUCUUUAUAAAUUGGACCAAGUGAAAUAUGAAAUCUCCACUACUAAGGACUCAUCCAAAUUGACCUCCUUAAAUAAUAAGUUGACCAAACUAGAAAACUCGGCCGAUGACUUCAAAUUCGUUCAUAGAGGCGCUCUUGCCUAUUUGGGUAGAGAAAAGGCCAUUGCAGAUUUGUCCUUUGGUAAUUCAAAAUAUACUUCUUCAGGCUCUUUCACAUUCUUGUUCUGGAGGUUUGCUUAUUUGAGUAUGUGCAUUUCUUUUAGAAAUAGAUAUUUGAUCUUUAUGGAUUGGGUCAAGAUGAAUAUCUUGGGUAGAAAUUCCUCGGUUUAA